UAGUACAGUAAUAGUACAAAUUAUUGUAUUAAAACCAACAAGCAAAGCCGAGUGCAAAAAUGUGUAUAUGAAAUUAAUACAAAUAUUAUACGAAUACAUAAUUAUCAUUAGCUGUAGUGAUAUUUGUGUGAGUAGUUGUGUGUGUUUUAAAAUAAGCAAUGAAAUGUGGGAUUUGUGCAAAUUAUUUUUUUAUAUUUUUUCUGUUUACACAGAUCUUAACAGUUUCGUACUGUGUUCAUGUGAAAGUGGAACAAGGAGAACUAAAAGGUAAACGCGAGAGCAGGAUAACUGAUAAUGGAGAAUACUUGAGUUUCAAGGGUAUACCAUACGCAGCGCCACCCAUAGGGGAACUAAGAUUUAAGGAUCCACAACCGCCUUUAUCUUGGACAAAAGUGCGAGAUGCGCGAAGCCACGGCGCAAUCUGUCCACAAAAUAAUAUCAAUACAGGUGGAAAUGUUACUGGGGAUGAAGAUUGUCUGUUUUUAAACGUUUAUACUCCUACAUUAACACCUGAAACCCCGCUACCAGUCAUGUUCUUCAUACAUGGAGGCUACUAUGUCACAGGAUCCGGUAACGAUGAUAGGUUUGGACCAGAUUUCCUAAUGGACCGUGACGUGGUUCUAGUCACCAUUAACUACAGACUUGGCGUCCUAGGCUUCCUAUCUUUAGACAUACCUGAAGCUCCAGGCAACGUUGGCUUGAAGGACCAAGUAGCUGCAAUGGAGUGGGUAAAGAAGAAUAUUGCCAACUUCGGCGGAGAUCCCGAUAACGUUACAAUUUUUGGUCAAAGCGUUGGCGGCUCAGCAGUAACACUCCAUUUGUUAUCGCCUUUGUCAAGGGGUCUCUUUAAAAGAGCUAUAGCAAUGAGUGGAUCGUUCUUUAAAGAUUUUCAAUUGCCGUUUGAACACGUAAGACGUGCUUUCUUACUAACUAAACAGUUAGGUAAAUGCACAAAGGACCCCAAUGAAGCAUUGCGUCAUUUACAACAAGCGAGCGUGAAUGACUUGAUACAAGCCAAACCGUUUGUUCUUUAUAAUGAGCGACCAAGAAGAGAAUUGCUUGAGAUUAUGUUCUUCAGACCUAUUAUUGAAAAACCAAUGGAGAGUGGAAAUUUCCUCACAGAAGAUCCCAUGAAGCUACUAAUCGAUAGAAAAGUGAAUGAAGUCGAUUUCAUAUUUGGUCACACAGGAGAAGAAGGUGUUUAUAGAGGCGUCACACAGAAAGACUAUUUAUUGAAGUACGAUCCUGAAUAUAACGAGUUUUUGGUUCCUGUAACAAUAGCCAAUGCAAAUUCCGCCUCAGAAGUAUUAAAUAUAGGCACUAAAAUUCGACAGCAUUACUUUACCGAAUGUGAAAUAAAAGAUGAUACAAAAAACAUGAAAGAAAUAAUUAAGUUCUACACUGAUUUUACGUAUAACCACCAUUUCUAUAGAUUUCUGGAGUUAUGGGUACAGGGUGGCUUCAAGGUUUAUUUUUAUGUGUUCACUGGUUAUACUGAGAGGAACGUUUAUGGAAAACUUGGAAAUAUAUAUGGUUUCGAGAACGCGACUCAUGCGGAUGAUCUUGCAUACUUGUUUAGUGGAUCUGCUUAUCCGACAUUGCAGAAGGAAAACCCAUCUUAUCAAAUUAUUGAACAAACUUGUGAUUUGUAUACCAAUUUUGCUAAAUACGGGAAACCAACUCCUAAUGAUACAGUUUGGCUACCUUACGAUAAAGAAAACACUAACUAUUUACUCAUCGAUUUGGAAUUGACACCAAAAAUUCUAGGAGAAGCACCAGUGGUACAAUUUUGGAGGAAAAUUUAUGAAGACGCUGGACUGAAAUUUGCUACUUAAUACCUUGUGUUAAGGUUUCAAUUUUAUUUGUACUUUCAAAUUAAAUACUUUCUUAAAAUAUA